AGAAUUAAAUAUUUAAAAACUUUAAAGUAAUUGAAACUAUUGCCAUAAAUUUGAUCCGUCAACCUCGCGAACGAAAUCAGUCUAUUCGCUACUGCUGUGCAAUAACAAAUAUGGCGCUUUUACGUACCAUCUUAAAAAAUACUACCCAAACCCGGCUACUCACAGCAGCUCCGGUCAAAUCAUGGCAACACACUGUGUCAGCCUCUACCUUCGGAAUUAAAAGCGUGGAAGCAAACCGUGCUAAACCCCUUUCAAAUGAAAACUUUGAAAACAAGAAUAAGAGGCUGCAACGGCCCAUUUCUCCCCAUCUAUCUAUUUACCAAUUCAAUUCCAAUAUGGCUGCGUCCAUUACACAUCGUUUUACUGGGCUUGCACAAAAUGGACUGAUGUAUGGUCUAGCUAUUGGUGCCAUGGUAUUGCCUGCAUCAUUUCCACAUUAUUUGGGAAUGUUGGAAGCUGCACACCUUCCACUGGUUGUAUUGGCGGGGAAGUUUCUCAUUGCUUUUCCAUUUUCCUAUCAUUUGAUUAAUGGAAUGAGACACCUUGUGUGGGACACUGGUUUCAACCUCACAAUUAAGGGAAUUAAUAGCACAGGCUAUGUUGUCCUGGCAGCUGCUGUUUCAUUAGCAUUGUAUUUAACAUCCCUUUGAACACAGUAUAAGCAAUCCAAUAACUGCAUUGUAUUUACAGUUCAAUUUGUGGGUGGGUGUGAAUAAAGGUAGUAGUCUGUUACA